CAAACCUUUCCCAACUGCCGACUUGUCAGCAGCAGCUACCGACUCAGCUACGUACGGUGCUAACGCUCCAGGGCAUUGCCUCUAGUAUGUUGCUCGGGGUAAGAAAGAUAGCAUAUAAACCAGUGAGAGCCCCCCCAUCAUCCGAUUGUGGAUUCUCUAGAAUGGGUAGCUUCAGAAUCACACUGGCUUGAGCUCGGGCAGCCAGAAAGCAGGAGAGCAGGAAAGCAAACAAGAGCGAAGAUGUCCUUCGGCUUCUCGGUCGGCGACUUUAUCGCCAUAAGCUGCUUAAUCCUGAACCUCGUCGACGCUCUGGACUCCGACACUGGUUCAAGGGCACAGUACUCAAGACUAUCGGAUGAGUUGAAGUCGCUGCACAGCGCAUUCCUGGCAGUCCAGGACGUAGUGCAGAAGUUGCGGCGGGGUGAAAAAUCCCACGCUUCUACCGUCAAUGCGAUUACUUAUGAAGUUGAGUGUUGCCGGAAGUUGAUCCUGGGCUUCACCGCUGGUACGGAGAAGUAUCGCGAGAGUCUGUGUCACGGCGGCUCCGGCAGGAAGGUUAAGGAUGCUUGGAGGAAGAUUAGUUACAAAAUAUUUAAAGAGGAGGACGUGGUCAUGCUAAAGGACUCGCUGAGGCGGAGGGUCGAGGCUAUUAAUAUUUUGUUGAUGGUCGCGGGGAUCCGCUCGGUAUUCUCUCUGGAGAACAAAGUCUCGGAUAUGGAACUCGCCAUCUGCCUGCAACAGCCGAAGAUCCCGAAAAACCUCUACCCCGGCAUCGAGGGCUCCAUCGUACUGCAAGAUGCCCUCGGAAGGACUUUCCCGGUACCGUUCGUAAUCUGCUCAACAUUGGAGAUGUUCCACGGUUUUUUGGAGCUGUCGUUCCGCGGCCUGCCUGGUCACCAGAAGGUGCUCUUGAGGGAGUACUCCGUUAGCGACGGGGAGUCUCAGAAGGAGAUCACUUCGACUGAGUGGGUUGAAAAUAUUACCCCCGGGAGACUAAUAUCUAUGAGCAUGCUCUUCCGUCACAUGGAUAGCGCGCCCAAGGUCACCGAUUUCAAGAGUAAAUGUCCAAGUUGUGGAACUCCGGGUGCGUUCAGUGCGGCUGGGAGCAGCCGUAGGUGGAUUCAAUGUAAGCUCUGCCAACUCUGGGCCCAACACUCAAAAGAGUGCCCUGUCGAGACUCCUAUUCGUGUCCUCGAACCGAGAUACGAUAAGCCCUUAUCCCCGUCUGAUGCAUCUCCAUCGUCGCUCCCACCACCGGACGUGUCGACAAUCUCGAAGGAGCUAUCCUCCUUCCGCCGGGUAAAAAUUGUGGAGGUCUCACAGGUUAGUUAUCUGUCCGCCCUGCGGACAGCGAAGGAACUAGCCAACGACCGAAAGCUCUGCCAGGAGUUGUUGCGGAGGUUGAGGAAUAUCGGUGACGCGAGGUUUGUUGAAACCAAGUUCUUAGACGAGAGUAUUGUCUGUGAGUGCCCGUGCGAUGAAUUGGUGGGACGGCGCUCGCAUCUGGAUGCUUUCUUUCCCGCAAAGGGGAGGAUUAGUGAGAUUGCGUGAUGUCGUGGAGAGGUGGGUCCUUAGUAUAUGGGUUUAGCCAUUGGUUUUUGUGUAUGAUUGUAGGGUUGGUAGAGAUGUGUAUACCGGCCGUGUACUAUAUAGUGGGCCUUUUUGUUUUGUUUGCAAUUUUGGGCGUGAUUUGGUGUUGGAGUAAGGCCAGGACGCCGGGGCGUAUGGGAUAAUUGAAGACUGUGAAAUGG